GGCAGCUCAAAAGUGAAUUUCCUCUGACGCGAGCCAUCCAUCAUCUCCCGCGACUGUUGGGACGCCCUUCCGCGACAAGCCUUUUCGCAAAGGGUUUGCCGUCACCCCCCCCCGUACCCGGCCAUUUCACCACGCUCGCCAUGCCUCACGAGACCUUGGUCGGUAGCUCCUGCUAUACGGCGUCUACCGCCCAGGAGCUCAAGGCUCGCGCCAACAAGACCAGCCAGCCCGCCAUCAAGCAAAUCCGCGGUCAGUGGGUCUACUAUGUCGACCUCGUCAACUCCAGCAAGACCGUCCUCGAUCAGGUCAAGGGACUGCUCCAGGAUGUCGACUCGGAGCCGCUCCUCGCUUCGCAGAGUGGCGGCAAUUCGGCCACCAUAUACGUCACUCCGCGUUACCUGUCGCCUUGGAGCUCGCAGGCCACCAGUAUUGCUCACGUGUGCGGCCUCAAGGACCAUGUGCGACGCAUCGAAAAGGGACGACUCAUUGUCGUCGACUUUGAGACGCCCUUUGAGCCUGGCCAAGAGUCCUCCAUCAGGGACGUCCUUCACGACCGCAUGACCGAAAUUUUCGACCUGGAGAAGCCGUCGUUGAAUGCCAUGUUCCAAGACGAUGCGCCCGCCCCCCUCGUCGUUGUCGACAUAUUCGCCGAUGGUAAAGACCCUCUCAGCAUCCUCAAGCAGUACAACCAGGAAAAGGGCCUCAGCCUUGACGAAUCCGAAAUGCAAUAUCUCGUCGACGUCUUCACAAAGCUGGGCCGCCCCCCUCACGAUGUCGAGCUCUUCAUGUUUGCCCAGGUCAACUCUGAACACUGCCGGCACAAGGUAUUCAACGCCAGCUGGACCAUUGACGGCGUGUCGCAAGACAAGAGCCUGUUCGAGAUGAUCAGGAACACGCACAAGAAGACGCCUGACUACACCGUGUCAGCGUACAGCGACAACGCUGCCGUUCUUCAGGGCGAGCCUGCCCACUUCUGGUCUCCGGAUUAUUCGACAGGGUCUUGGAAGCUCACGCCCGAGGUUGCGCAUGUGCUGGCCAAGGUCGAGGUUAGUACGUAGAGUCUCGGCGCAUUGAAUCGUGUUAACGCUCGCUAUGCCAGACACACAACCAUCCGACCGCCAUUUCGUGAGUUUCCGCGUGCUUCUUCUCCGCAUUCUUGGCUAAUGACUGUCCAAGCCCAUUCCCUGGCGCUGCUACCGGCUCCGGCGGCGAGAUUCGAGACGAGGCAGCCGUCGGCCGCGGCUCAGUGACAAAGGGGGGCCUGUGCGGUUUCUGGGUGUCCGAUCUCCUCAUUCCCGACCGCCGCGCCCCGUGGGAGUCGGACAUUGGCCGUCCAGCCCACUACGCGAGCAGCCUUGACAUUAUGCUCGAGGCCCCCAUCGGCAGCGCCCGAUUCAACAACGAGUUCGGCCGGCCUUGUCUUACCGGCACCUUCCGCACCCUUCUCACACCGGCCUCGUCCGAUGACGCUGCCGCGGACGCCAAGGAAUGGCGCGGAUACCAUAAACCCAUCAUGCUGGCUGGUGGCGUCGGCACUGUUCGCCCGCAGAACGCUUUGAAAGAAGAGCGGUUCGUCCGCGAAGGGGCGCACGUCAUCGUUUUGGGCGGCCCUGCCAUGCUCAUUGGCCUCGGUGGCGGCGCCGCCUCGAGCAACGCGUCGGGCGAAGGCAACGCCGAUCUGGACUUUGACAGCGUGCAGCGUGGUAAUCCCGAGAUGGAACGACGCGCCCAGAUGGUCAUCAACACUUGCACGGCCCUCGGCGAGCAGAGUCCGAUCGCCAUGAUCCACGACGUGGGCGCCGGCGGCCUGUCAAAUGCGCUCCCCGAACUCGUCAAGGAUGCCGGGUAUGGCGGCAACUUUGAGCUUCGGCAGGUCGAAAGUGCGGAUCGGAGCAUGAGUCCGCUUCAGAUUUGGUGCAACGAGGCUCAGGAACGAUAUGUGCUUCUGAUCAACCCCGAGAACAUGAAUCGCUUCACCAGCAUUUGCCGCCGUGAGCGUUGCGGCUUUUCCGAUGUUGGUGCUGUUGCAUCUCGAGACUCGAGCGGGGUCUCCAAACUGGUGCUCACGGACCGCGAGUCCAAGGAGUACCCACGCCCCAUCGACCUGCCAAUGGAUGCGCUCUUCCCUCCCAAGCGCCAGCAGGAUCGCAACGUCACCUCGAUCAAGCCCAGCUUCGCUCCGUUCGAUGCCAUGGCGUCCCUUCGCAAGGACUUUGGAGACCUCGGCAACGCCGAGUUGCUCAGCAAGGCUGUCGAACGCGUGUUCCUGAUGCCUGCCGUCGGCUCAAAGUCAUUCCUCAUCACCAUUGGCGACCGAACUGUCGGUGGACUUACUACCAGAGAUCAGAUGGUUGGGCCGUGGCAAACCCCGGUUGCCGACGUCGCCAUCACGGCCACGUCCUUCAGCCUUGGCGGAAAGCAACGGAUUGGCGAGGCCAUGGCCAUGGGCGAAAAGCCUACUCUGGCACUUGUUGAUCCUGCCGCUUCGGCUAGGAUGGCCGUUGCCGAGAGUCUGCUGAACAUUGGCGCGGCCGACAUCAUGGGCGACCUGCGCCGCGUCAAGCUCUCGGCAAACUGGAUGGCCGCUGUGAGUCAUCCGGGAGAGGGUGCUGCCCUUUACGAAGCGGUCAAGGCAAUUGGCAUGGAGAUGUGCCCUGAGCUCAACAUCAGCAUCCCCGUCGGAAAGGACUCGACGUCCAUGAAGGCCGUGUGGAAGGAGGACGGACAGGCAAAGAGUGUUACCGCUCCCGUUUCCGUCGCCAUCUCCGCGUUUACUGUCGUCGAAGAUGUCCGCAAGACCUGGACACCGCACCUUCGCCGAGUGGAGGAGGUUGGCGAGACGAUUCUCCUGUUUGUCGAUCUCGCCGAGGGACGCAAGGCCUUGGGUGGAUCGGCCCUGGCCCAGUCUUUCGGCGCCGUUGGCAACGAGGUGCCGGAUAUGAAGAAUUUCGAUUUGAUGAGGGAUUACUUCGAUGCUCUAUCACAGUUGCACGAGAGCGGCGUCGUGCUGGCAUACCAUGACCGAUCUGAUGGUGGUCUCAUUACCACAGUCGCCGAGAUGAUGUUUGCUGGCCGCUGUGGCGUCGACAUGAUGAUGGACGGCAUCGCCAAGUCUGGUCAGACGGGAGACAUGGUUGAGGCGCUGUUCAACGAGGAGCUCGGCGCCGUCUUCCAGGUCCGGGCCUCUGACGAGAUCAACUUCAAGCGCUGCUUCGCUACCUGCGGGCCCCCGCCUGGCUUGGUUCGCAAGUUUGGUGUGGUUAAGUCCAAGGGCAGGCAGUCGCUGACGAUCCGUCACGCCGGUGCUACAUUCGCCACACUCGGCCGUGCCGAAAUGCAGCAGUGGUGGUCCAAGACUUCUUACGAGAUGCAGCGCCUGCGAGACAACCCUGCCUGCGCAGACUCCGAGUUUGCCACAAUCGCAGACUCCGAGGAUCCCGGCAUGUCCUACAACCUCACCUACUCUCCGGCCGAGAACAUUAUGCCCCUUACCUCGUCUAUCAGCGGUUUCUUUGGAAAGGCGCCUCGGGUUGCUGUUCUCCGAGAGCAAGGCGUUAACGGCUACGCCGAGCUGGCAUUUGCUUUCAAGGCUGCUGGCUUCGAGCCUGUUGACAUUCACAUGACGGAUGUUCUGGAUGGCAGGUCUCUUGCCGACUUUACCGGAUUGGCUGCUCCGGGAGGCUUUUCGUACGGCGAUGUUCUUGGCGCGGGUCAAGGUUGGGCCAAGUCGAUCCUGAUGCAUGAGAACACUCGACGAGAGUUCACCGACUUCUUCAAGCGGCCCGAUACCUUUGCUCUGGGUGUCUGCAAUGGCUGCCAGCUACUCACGCGCAUCAAGUCGCUGAUCCCUGGCGCCGAACACUGGCCGACCUUUGUCGACAAUGCGAGCCAGCAGUUUGAGGGUCGCUUCAGCAUGGUCAAGGUCGAGGAGAAUAGCAGCAAACCCUCGGUCUUCUUCCACGGCAUGAACGGCUCGACGUUGCCCGUUGUUGUGUCUCACGGCGAGGGCCGAGCGAAAUUCCCAUCGCCCAACUCGCUGCAGGAGCUGACCAGCUCGGGCAUGAUUCCGCUUCGCUAUGUCGACAACCGCUUGCACGUCACGGAGCAGUACCCCUACAAUCCCAACGGCAGCCCUGCCGGCGUGGCCGGUGUGUCGACCAAGGACGGCCGUUUUGUGGCGAUGAUGCCACAUCCCGAGCGCACUGUCCUCGCCGAUGUGGCCAGCUUCGUGCCUCGCGAGGCAGUUGACGAGUGGGGUGAGUUUGGGCCGUGGGUGCGCAUCUUCCGCAGCGCCCGACGAUGGGUGGGCUGAGCGGGUUCGGUCUCUUGUUGGUUGCAUAUGGUGUCACGAAAAAACUAUAGAUGGGUAUGGUGUUUAUGACUGAACUUCAAAGAGCAGAGUUUUCAGUUGGAGCAGACAAAUUUACAGGCAUUGCACGUAUAGAAAGUCUCUUCGCUGCCUUGAUGGUUGGCCGUGUCGUGUCAGAUCCACGCACCGUCGACGGCGUAAACGCUGCCGCUCACGAAGGUGCUUUCGGGUCCGAGAAGAAAGGCGACUACGGCGGCGACCUCCUCUGGUUUCCCGUAGC